GCAGCGGUCGGCCGCCUCGCCUCGCGCCUCGCUGGUACGGGCCAAGGAGCACGGGCCUCCACCAGCCGCGCCAUGGCCAAGGGCUCCGACCGCGCGCCAUGGCCACGAGCAGCUGCAGCAGUCGGCCGCCUCCUUUCGCCUGCCAGCGACCUGGCGGCCGGCGAGCCGCCGGCGUCGUUUCCUCCGGGCGCACAAGUUGCCAGGGGCCCGAUUGCUUUUUCGAAAAACAUUUAGGGACCCGAUUGCUUUUUUUAGAGAACUUACAGGGGUUUUCUCUAAAUGCGUAAAGGAACAGAUUUUUUUUAAUUUAGAAUAACAAAGGGACACUGACAUGUGGGCUCCACAUGUAAGGUAACGGUCAAACUGACGGUCACACAAACGGUUUUCUUACAUGCGGGUCCUAACUGUCAUAAUCACGAUCAAUAGUAAAGCACUGGACGAUUAGAGUUUUUUGAAACAGCCGACCUCUGAUUUGGUAGUUAUCAGAGAAAAAAAAUAUUCGGUAGUUUUUUAAAACCCUAACCUGUAAAGUAGUAGUUUUAUCUUAUUUACUCGUCGACAGGGAGAAGCUACUCCUGGCAACUCCGGAGGACAUCAUGUCCCUGAAGACGUAGAUGGCCUCGUCCAGUCGGUUGUCUUGGUGGCACGCUGUCGAUGAAACUAGUCCAUGCUGCUUCGGGCACUGGCUCCUGCGAAGAACACCUCAUCGUGUGAAGCACUUGCCGCGCACUGUCCUGCCGGGCGGAGAGAACAGCGCUCCGCGCGCCUCUAUCGCUGGGCUGCAGACCUCGCCGGGCGUAAGCUGCCUCCGUUGCCGGAGCAACUGGAUGCAGUGAUCCGUCGUUGUAGAGUACAUUUCUUUUCACCAAUUAGCACAUACUCCCUCCAUAAAGAAAUAUAAGAGCGUUUAGACCAUUACUUUAAUGAUCUAAAUACUCUUAUAUUUUUUUACAGGAGUAACAAUUAAUGACUUUACCCAAAACUCAUUUGCUAAUUUAUUCAUAGCAAAGCUGGACCGGCCAGCCAUUGGAAUUAAUUAUUAACGUCGAAAACUUUGCUUUACUGUCAGGUGUCAAAAAAAAAAAAACUUUGCUUUACUGUUGGUCCAGAUCUAAUCUCGUUCUUUGCACGAAUAUAAGCAUAUAAUUUACUGCCAAGAGGGGACCAGGCUUUGUUAGUUGAAAUCAAAGGAGCUAUUUAGCCUGCUUUUCUUUUCCUUUUGAACACGACCUCUUCAGCUUGCUGAUACACAUACUCCCAAGUUAAGUAGUAUUGGAUUGCAGCUGCUCUUUAGUUCUUCCUGCGCUAUUCCUCUCCUUGCAGAAGUCUAAGAGGAACAUCUACUUCAGGGUAAGAUCGGCGCCAGCCAUGUCAUGUUGGGAUAAGUUCGGUGGAGGGUCACGUAAGAAGCUUGUUGAGGACAGUCGUUGGACAGAAGUAGACAUAGCCAACAGUUACGCCCUGUUCAUGGGCUACCUGUCCAUGGCCGUCAAAGGUCUUGGUUUCCUGGUGCUUACUUGGACCACCGUCGUUCUUCUUGGCGGUUUCAUUGGCGACCUGCACAACAAUGAUUUUUGGUGUCUUGCAUUCAUUACCCUUGCGCAGACGGCUGGGAUCUUCGAUGUGUUUCUGACUGAAAAGGUGAGCUAUAUUGGAGAUGCAUUUUCUGGCAUCGCAUAUGUUGCAUACGCCGGAAUGUCGUACAACAUAUGGCGAACUGUUCAUGCUCUGGUCUUUGUCAUUUUGUUGUGCCCUCUGGUGGCUGUCUACAUGGGUGGGUUGGUAGUUUCGGCCGUGCUUUCGGUGUGGCGUCUUAUACAACAAGAUUACCAUGCUGACGGAGUCAGAAACCUGAAGAAGGCGCUGGUCGUCUUGUAUUCCCUUGUCCUGCUCCAGGGUGUGAUUUUCUGCUACAAGAUCAUCAAUGGUUGGGCAAAGGGGUCUAUAGUGAAUGCAGUAGUUGACCAAAGAGGCUUUGAUAAGGAUUUUCGUGAUGGGAUAUCGGAUUACAUACGUGAAACAAUGAUCGGAUGUGAAAAGGACCCAUCUUCCGUUAAAGGAAGGAACCUCAUCACAUAUGCUGUGGGCCUGAUGGAGUCUAAGUUGCCUGACGACUACAUUUCCGGGGUAAGGAUCCUGGACGCUUUCGCCAAAAAACUGGAGGAAGCAGUGAAAGAGGUCAAUGGGGUAGACGACCCACACCAAUACACAGGGGAGAAUAUACUCAAGAAACAUCUGAUAAUGUCUGCACCCUCUCCUGAUAUAGUCCAGAAGCUACUGCAGACGUUGGGCCACAUAAGCAUAUAUGACAGAGAGACGAGGGGGCAUGCCGCAAGGGUAGUGGCGAGCAUUGCUCGCGACAUCCAUUUGGAGAAAUAUCCAAAGGCAAUUGGCUACAUAUCUUCCCUCCUUGACACAUACGAAGAAUACAGUACUCUCCAGCCAUAUAGGGGAGACUGGCUAUACGAGACAUAUGAACAAGAUUUCAAGCAAAUAUCCUUGCCGGUGAACCAAGAUGACAUCGUUGAGCAAGGGGACUAUGAUGUUGGCCUUGCGAAAACCUGCAAGAAGCUGCUGGAGGUUGAGAGAAGUGACCAUGACCUUGUGCAGGCGUACAAAAGGCUGGUGGAGCAAGGCUUUCGCAUCCUUCGGAAGCUCGCAGCCAACAAUGACAACUGCAGAGUCAUUUUCAGCACCCCAUUUCUGCUGCCAAAGAUUAUGGCGCCUGUGACCUCCGACCUACUCCACCACCGCAAUGAGGAUGGCCGCAUGAAGCACAUUGACAAUGCUGCAUGUUACAGCAUAGUAGAAGGUUCAAUGAAGGUGAUUGCCCAGCUCACGGCUGCUACAGGGCAGAUAGGCACCAAGCUGCGUGAUGAAAUCUCAUGCAGUAUGGGAUUGAUCACAGCCAUGAGGAUGAUUCUCGAGUGUAAAGAAUGCAAUGAAAUGCUGCAGAAAAUAGCUAUUUGGAUUCUCACACACGUACACCAGGAUGAAAAUUCCAGUCCAGAGCAUGAAGGGACACAAGAAUUCAUUACGAUGUUGGUUGACAUCAUGACCCAUGAUAAAAAGUACAAGGAGGCUAGAAGGGUGGUAGCAGCUAAAGCGCUGGUGGCUCUAUCAUCCGAAACCAGUAGUGCCAGGAUUAUCAUUAAGUCAAAUAACAAUGUUAUUCACAGUCUGACUAGACUGAUUGUUGAAAAACAAAGAUGCUCACAAAUGGCAGCUGAAAUCCUGGAAAAUGUAUGCAUUCAUUGCAACGGUGAUGUUCAAAGCCUCAAAACGCUGAAGGAAGCUAUGCCCAUUGCGGUUCCAAAGCUGCUUGAAGAAAUACUUUUCUGGCCAACAGAAGAAAGACAUAUAGAAGGAACAGAAGUUAAUCGGCUGAUACCAGAACCCGAAGUAGAAAACCAAUGUGAUGAUUCCCCAGAUAAUGGCCAGGCAAACAACAACUCGUUGUCCGCUCAGCAGCAAGGGUACAGCUCGUUUCGCAUGUUAUCUCGUUGCAUCACAAUAUGGGGUGCGUUGAUAAGUGCAGAUCAGGACUUGACAGAUCUAUUUACGGAAAUCCCCCCUGGAGGCGGUGGAAUUAGCUUCGUGAUGAAGCUCAAAGAGAUCGUUGAAAAACAUGAGCUCCCCAGACCCGUCUGCCUGAGAAUAAGGAAGCUUGUCUGUAAGAUGGUCAUAUCUAUGAUGAAUCCCAAAGGCAGUUAUGUCAAUGAUGGGCUGACGAGCUUGAUGGCUGCACUGUCCAGUGCUUCAGAUGACAUGUCUAUUCUUGAUGGCUACAUGGUUUUUGGACCAAGGCCUUUUAGAAGUCUUGCUUCCCUCGUGGAAGAAGCGCAGGUGCUUGUGGACAGAAACAAAGAGCUUUUCCAGAGCCAAACCCAUGCUUCAAGCUAGUGGUAGUGGAAAGGGUGGUGGCAAAAGCGCAGGUACAUGUGAACAAAGAGCUUUUCCAGGGCCAAGCCCAUGCUUGUACUAGUGGAGAGGGUGGUGGUGCGAAGGUUGCCAGCGAUCUUUUGUUCAGUUGCUCUGUUUAAUUAGCAGGCGGCUAGGGAUGGCCUGGCUCUUUACUUAUGCUUCCCUUUCUGUCAUACUAAAGGAGUGCUCUUUUCUUCUUUUCUUUUGAUGGAUAAAAAGUGUUUCUUUUGGUUGUAAACAUUUUUCUGGGUUGUGUAAAAGAGCGAAGCUUUAUAAAGCUGAGCUGUAUGCCUUAUGGGCUUUUAAAUUGAGACUUAUCAUUGUGGGAACCGUGCUUG